AAUGUCCACGUGAAGGUGAGAGUCCGCAUAUUUGCGUUGGGUCUGGGGUGGACAUUGGUACAGUUGAUACCCGGAGACAGAAAACACAAAUUCGGGUCGAGACCCCAUUUCUUAGUUCGCCGCCAAUGUCGAGUCCAGGUUAUUAUAUAGAGUUUAGUGUAGGAUUUACCGUGAGUGUUGUGUUUGUUAGUAUUUUCGUCUGAUGUUCGCGAUAGAGAUGAGCUCAUCUUCUUGAGACACAAAUUUUCUUAGUUGCGGGCGCCCACUGUGUAUCCUCAACCCGGUCCCGUGGCACGGUGUUUCCCACAACUCACUCGUCGUACCAUUCAGCUUUCCAUGAGCUCGCACGUUGCUCGGCUUUCCUCAGUGGGCUUGCGCUGGAGACCUAGUGGCUCUCUCAACCACCUACUUAUUCAGCCACAACAUGUAGUUCGUCUACAUAUACGUUUGCACGCACACCAGGUAUGAGAUAGAAGCCUCGUGGCGGUUACUCGCACACACCAUAUAACAUACAUUUUCUUCAGCGUCCUUAGAUGGCCCUUAUAUCACUACGACGAUGUGAAAGCAGCCCUGUGAGUAAACGAUGAUGCAGCCAUUGUUUUGCAUUGGUAUCGUCUUUCAGCAACCCCUACGCCGAUGCAAGUAUCGGCCACCCACAACUUGUACAACACUUUUCAGGGCGAGCUAUCAUUUGACCGGCUUCUUCGGGUGGACGGAUCCUUCAAGGGGCAGUUGGUGUCGACAGGAGAUCUCGUGAUAGGAGCAACAGGGGUUGUUCGAGGCAACAUCGACCACCUCAGAGAGGUCGUAUCGGAUGGCACGGUGGUCGGCAAUAUUCAGGCAGAGAGGGUACGCCUUCGCCGCUCGGCUAUUGUGAUCGGAAAUAUCACAUGCUAUAGCCUUAGUAUGGACCCUGAUGUGAGCAUAAGCGGGAAGCUGAACGUCCACAUCCAAGCACCAAGUCGCCUACAUCUGGACGGAGAAGAAGAAGCCCCAGAGGAUGAAGUGGCCGAUUCCUCAGGGAACGCCGACAGAUUGGACGACAAGAACGGGGAUAGCGGAAAGCAAAAAAGCAGCAAAAAAGACGGAAGCACUAAGAAGGAGAAGGAUAAUGACGGCACAGAGAGAGAUCGCCGCCCGAAGGAGGACAAAAAGGAGGACAAGAAUAAGGACGAGCCCCGCAGGAAGAAAGAUGGCGAGAGUAGCAAGAACAAGAGUAAAUAGCUUUCACCGGGCGUAUUUCCCCCUAAGUUGAAUACUGCGUGGUGGUGCCUUAGGGCACAUUGUACUGGAACCCUCUGUGGUGGCUUGGUGUGGUGGCUAGUGUCAAAAAGCACCGGAGUCGUGUAUUGUACCGUUGCCAAGCUUCUGGAGCAGGGGCACACUCUAGGAUGAAAUAUCCUCGAAGUUGAGUGCUGUGUUUGUGUAAGGAGUGCU